CACAUGCUCCGAUGUUUCAGACGCAAUGCCCUCAUCUUGCGGCUGUUUGACUUCACUUGUCUUCACAUACGAAAAUUGCUCAUCAAGACUGCCUGGUCCUAUCCCCACAGGUAUCCUUGUCCAGCGCAGCGCCCAACCAAUGCCCAAUAGCUCUUUUCGGUGCGACGAAAGCCCAACAAUCGUAGAGGCGCCAACCGAGCAGCGCGGGAUGUCAAUCGGAAGCGCGUCAGGGCUGUCUGUAUGUCCAAGGGGCUAACCCUAGGCAACACCGGAUGGACGCACGAAUGCAUGGGGAUAUCAUGUCAGAGGGAAACCUGACGGAAACUAUUGUCGAUCCAUCAUCACGAUCCUCAAAUCAAGACCACGCGGGUUUCGCGUGCAGGCGCUGCACCUGCAGAAGCCUAACUGACGUUUUGUCUGUGAUGUCUUCUACUCUAGGACCUCGUUGGCUCAUAUCUACCUGUCGGACAUCUCCUGGCGCUUCUCUCUUGCGUCGCAGCCCCAGAGCUUGAGCUACAGCUUGAGUCCGCAAACCUCGGAAUGCCUAUGGCCGUAAGCAUGGUGCGGCCAACGAGAUCAGAACACGCACAUCAUUUCACACGGCUCGCUCUGCUGACCCAGCCUGUCCCGUUCUCGCAUAUCUUCGCACAAGGAUGGAAUCUCAGUUCAGGUCGAAUCAGACAUUUCUGAUGCCUCUGAGCCAUCGAGUGAUGGGGAGCGGGACGUUCGACGAUUGGAUUUCGCCAAGGUCAAUAUCAUAGGUUACGAAACGGUUGCACAAGACAAGGCGAUUAAAGGGAACGUAAAUAGCGAAAAGAAGAGCAGAGCACAGGGCAAAAAAAAGUCAAUGAGCAACGAAAGCGAAAAGAUGGAGAAACAAACUGAACCCCGAUGACGCUCGACCAAUUAUACGACCAGUUCUGCGGAACAGAGCAUAAACACCGCUAAACGAGUGCAAGGACUGAUACAAUCCAUAGUCUCCAGUGCCGGCGAGGGCAAAUCCACUCCAUCGAGGUAGACAGGACCUAGGAACGACGUGGGAAUGCCGGCACCCCUAAGUUCCUAUGUAUCUUGAGAUGGGUAUGGCGGCAAAUGGGUGGAGUCGGCUCCGAACUCAU